AUGCGUCGCAGUACCUGCCCCUCGCGGCCUGGCAAGCCCGAGGCCGCCACGCGCGCACCCGAGCCACCGAAGCGCAAGGUAUUCAACUGCAUCGUCGACGAUACCGCUCUGAUCGCCGGCGUCAAGAAGAGCACCCGCGAUGGCAUCCGCAAGUGGAUCGCCCAGGACGCUAUACGUCUUUAUGUCCCGCUGCACACCCUUACCCAGCUCCACCGCCUCAAGAACGGCACUGAGCGCAUCCACGCCGACGCCCGCGAAGCCGUCAAGUGGCUCGACGAAGUCACGUCCAAUGAAGCCGCGAGCCGUGUCCAGCUCGAAGGCGUCGACGAAGCCUACACGACGUGGGGAGAGGUGGAGCACUUCCUGCUACCCGACACAUUGCUCUCCAUGGAGGAUAGCGAGUCGGACGAGGACGACUACCACGAGGAUCUCGAAAGCUCCUUCAACGCCCUCGACAUGUCCGAUGGCACAUCCAUCAGCUCUACGCACAGCUUCGAGAACGUGUCCAAGACUCCCGAGUCGCCUGGUUCGCGUUCGAGCACGGCGUCCGGGCCAGUCGACGCCACCCCACACACAGACAAGGCAGCCACGCUACUCAGAGCGUCCCCCGACCGUACCGCACGCAGCAGUACCGAUAUGGCUCGCGCUGACAAGACGACCAAAGGCUCCGUGCCUGUCUAUCUCCAGCCCCUCUUCAAUCACAUCAUGUGGCGCAUCAACAAGGAGGGCAAUCCAGAUGCGGCCCUGGAGUCCUUCAUCCUCCUCACCAAUGAUUCUGCCAAGCAGGCCAUCGCUCAGAAGUUCGGCAUCCGUGCUAAACGCCUUGAGCAGCUCCGAGAUGCUGUUGCUCGUGAAGACCGCGAAUACAAGAACCAUCUGACCAUCCACAAGCUAGAGGUCGAAGCGACCGCUGCUAAGAGCGCCUCUCCAAUCGCACCCAAAGCCGCAGAGCGACCCAAGUCCAGCCCCAUCCACACGAACGUAAACGAGACUAAGCCCGAAGACAUCUCCGAUGACGAGGACGAGGUACUUUUCAAGCGCGCCCCUCGAGGCCCUGCCGCCACUACCGGCAACCAACACGUCUUCGACCCCAACGAUUUUGCUCGCACAAACCAGCAACAGUCCCUUCGCGGUGGACGUGGAGCUCAUGCGGCGCCCCGCGGUCGCGGUGGACCAGCCUUCCGGGGCCGUGGUAACUUUGCAUCGCGCGGCGCAUACGUUCCUCCAGGCCCAGUCUUCCGAGCUCCACCAGCUCCUCGACAUGAUCCGAAUGCGCCUCUCGAUCCAGACUCUUUCUCUCGCCCUGCCCCCAAAGUGGGCCCCGUUCGCGGCGGUGGACGGCGAAAGCUAUGGGAGCCCAACUAG